AUGCUUUCCUCACGCGAUGUGCUUCACGUAGUCUCAGCCACAGUCCCCUUAUACGUUACCAUGAUCUUAGCCUACGUCUCUGUCAAAUGGUGGAAACUCUUCACCCCGGAUCAGUGCUCUGGCAUCAACAAGUUUGUGGCUAAGUUCUCUGUUCCUCUCUUGUCUUUUCAAGUCGUCUCUUCCUACAAUCUCUACAGGAUAAGCCUCAAGAUCAUUUACGCCGACUUUCUUCAGAAAUUUCUCUCUGUUCUUGCCAUAGCAGCUUUUGCUAAGAUCAGUGGUCGAGGAGGUUUGAAAUGUAUCAUCUCUGGUUUUUCAUUGUCCACACUUCCUAACACUUUGAUCCUGGGGAUUCCCCUCUUGACCGCCAUGUAUAGAGAUCAAGUUUCUAUCCUUGCCCAGAUUAUUGUGUUGCAGAGCGUGAUCUGGUAUAAUUUGCUCUUGUUUCUCUAUGAGCUCGAUGCUGCAAAUACCAUGUCUCUUGCUACUCCAUCGUCAUCAUCGCAAGGUUCAGGAGAAGCGGAGCCUGCUGAGGAAGAACAAUCUAAAGAAGAAGAGGAAGAAGCAGGGCGCACAAGACGAAAGAAAAGGAAGAUCUUGCUCGUUCUGUCAACAGUGGGGAAAAAGUUGAUCACUAAUCCUAACACCUAUGGAACUUUAACAGGUUUGAUUUGGGCAGCCAUACACUUUAGGUGGGGCAUACACAUGCCUUCCGUUGUUAAACAAUCAAUAGUCAUAUUGUCUAAUGGAGGUCUCGGCAUGGCAAUGUUCAGUCUGGGUUUGUUCAUGGCAUCACAAUCUAGCAUUAUAGCUUGUGGGACAAAGAUGGCAGUGGUGACAAUGGGACUGAAAUUCCUGGUGGGGCCUACCAUAAUGGCUGUGGCUUCUAUUGCCGUAGGAUUAAGAGACACGUUGUUGAAAGCUGCAAUUGUUCAAGCUGCUCUACCUCAAGGAAUUGUUCCCUUUGUGUUUGCCAACGAGUAUAACGUGCAUCCAGCUCUUUUAAGCACUGGGGUCAUCCUGGGGUUGCUCAUUUCCUUGCCCAUAGCUCUGGCCUACUAUUUCCUCUUAGGCUUGUGACUUUAGAAGUGCUGAACAAUACCAGACUUCUCGUUUGCCAGUUGGUGUGGAACUGCACAAUGGAAUGUAUAAGACUGCCAAAUUAAAGCUCGGAGAGUUUUUUUUUUUUUUAAUUUUUUUUUACU